AUGUCGAUUCUUUCUAGGCUCCGACCUGGAUUUCGUCGAACGUCAACGGAUCUCAACAAUGACAAUCCGGCGACAAAAGAUGCCAACCCUGCUGAGAAGGCUCCUGAGACGAACACAGAGGCUGCUGUUGCUGAAGAUGGCGAUGCACAAGCCAAUGCUCUCCCUAGCGAGGAUGCGCAGCGAGGUGUCCGCAUGGUCGAGGCAGUGACAUUGACUUGGUCAAAGUGGUCUUUGAUCGCUAUUUUCAUCAAUAUGUGGUUUUUGUACUUCGUGAAUGCCUUCCAGUCAUCGAUCUUGAACAACCUUACACCAUAUGUAACCAGCGACUUUGAAAGUCACUCCUUGCUCACGGUGAUCUACAUUGUAUCGUCUUGCAUGUCCGCUGCGUCCUAUAUUCCAAUCUCGAAAAUUCUAGAUCUGUGGGGGCGUGCGGAGGGUUUCGUGAUCAUGGUCAGCUUCGCGACUCUUGGUUUAAUCCUGAUGGCAUCCUGCCAUAGCCUGGGAACAUUCUGCGCAGCUCAGGUGUUCUACUCCAUUGGUUUCGGAGGCAUGAUCUACAGCGUGGACGUUAUUACAGCCGACGCGACGAAAUUAAAAAAUCGAGGAUUGGCUUUUGCCUUUACAUCGUCCCCGUACAUGAUCACCGCGUUCGCUGGUCCUAAGGCGUCGGAGGGAUUCUACGACAAUAUUAGUUGGCGAUGGGGAUUUGGCGCCUUUUCGAUCAUCUUACCAUUUGUCGCCGCACCUCUGUUCUCUAUUCUCAAGUUGAACCUUCGAAGGGCUGAAAAGGAAGGCAGAUUGGUCCGACGAACUACAGACCGCACAAUCUUGCAAAGCAUCCUGCACUAUGCGAUGGAGCUUGAUAUUCUGGGGGUCUUCCUCUUCGCCGCUGGUCUAGUGAUUUUCCUGCUUCCAUUCUCAUUGGCCGAUUCGGCCCCUAAUGGAUGGAGCACGGGCUAUAUCAUUGCAAUGAUAGUGCUUGGAAUUGUCCUUUUGGUAGCAUUCGGCCUGUAUGAAGCAUAUUUGGCACCGCGACCGAUGCUUUCCGUCAAAAUUCUCACCAACCGUACGGUUAUCGGAGCUUGUCUACUAUGCUUCAGUUACCAGGUUGCCUACUACUGCUGGGCCAGCUAUUUCACCUCGUUCCUUCAGGUCGUGAAUGGCCUUUCUAUUUCUACUGCUGGAUACGUCAGCAGCACUUUUGAUGUUGUUUCGGGAUUCUGCCUUUUAUCAGCCGGGUUUAUAAUCCGGAAAACCGGGUAUUUCCGGUGGCUGCUCUUCAUCGCAGUACCAUUGUACGUCUUUGCUCAGGGCUUACUCAUCUACUUUCGCCAACCCAAUCGCAACAUUGGAUACCUGGUUAUGUGCCAGAUAUUCCUCUCCAUGGGUGGCAGUAUCAUCAUCCUCUGUGAACAACUGGCUAUACUUGCAGCAGGAGACCACCAACACGUCGCAGCACUCCUUGCACUGCUCUAUGUCGUGGGCAAUAUUGGAGGAGCGGUUGGAAAUUCAAUUUCUGGAGCCAUCUGGACCAACACCUUCGCCAGAGCUCUUGCACGAUACUUGCCUGAAGAUGCUCAGUCGAGCAUUGGGGAUAUCUACAGCAGUCUUGAAACUCAACUCUCUUACGAGUGGGGUUCGCCAGAGAGAAUUGGCAUACAGAAUGCAUAUGCGUAUGCUCAGCAAAGAAUGCUUAUCGCAGGAACUGCCAUCAUGGCUCUUUGCUUUAUCUGGAUUUUCCUCAUCAGGAAUCUCAACCUAGCCAAGAUUCACCAGACAAGAGGCAACGUUUUCUAA